AUGUAUCGAGGUAUGAUUGGAUCUCUACUUUACUUAACAGCUAGUAGACCUGACAUAUCUUUUAGUGUAGGUCUAUAUUCCAGGUUCCAAGCUAAUCCAAAGGAGUCCCACUUGAUAGCAGUAAAGAGAAUCCUUCGAUAUUUGAAAGGAACUGAUGACUUGAGUCUCUUUUAUCCUAGAAGUGAUUCAUUUGAUUUAAUUGGCUUUACUGAUGCUGAUUAUGUAGGUGAUUUGGUUAACAGAAAAAGUACUUCAAGUAUGGUAAAGUUUUUAGGACCUUGUUUAGUUUCUUGGGAUUCCAAGAAGCAAAACACAGUUGCAUUAUCUACAGCUGAAGCUGAUGUUAUAUGUGUUUCUAAGGAUCCAGUUCAACACUCAAAGGUAAAGCACAUCCAUAUUAGGCAUCACUUUUUAAAUGUUGAAGCAUAA